CGCAUGACCAGCUGACGAAGCAGGGAGCAAGGUCACGUGUAUCGCCAAUGGCACUAACGAAGGGUAUACAUUCGGCACAGCGAAAUCGCUAUGAACUUUGCCCCUCCCGAAACCGGAGCCUCUACUCACAUUCCCGAAGGUCGCUGGAAGCGAAGCCAAAUGUCCUGGCACACCGUCACACCAUUUGAACCACCAGGGACUGGCCUGACCUCACCGCAGCAGACGUCACCCAUUUCGACCUCGACGGAGGACGCCGGGGCACAGAAGAAAAGGAAGCGCAGUUCGGCGCUGACCGACAAUGGCGAUCAGGACAAUGACGGCCCAGAAACAAACCGCAACGGCGCUGGGAAUAGCAGUAGUCCAAGUGGCCUGGCCAACGGCAAUCGACAACGACACCAACCCGGCGUGAAGCGAGCUUGCAAUGAUUGUAGGCAACAAAAGUUGAGAUGUAAUGUCAUUGCUGGACCGGGGGAUCAUUACAAGCCUUGCGACCGCUGUAUUAAACACAAGCUACCAUGUAGCAUCGACAAUGACUUCAAGCGGCUGGGAAAAAGAGCUGCCCAUGAAGAAAUGGUCAAAGAGCUGGAAGCAUGCAGGGCAAAGCUAGCAGAAUACGAAGCAAUGGGUCUUGUCCCUGCUUCAACAAUUGCGAAUUCCUCUGGACUGGCAACAACGCAAGCCAAUUCACUGUCUCUAGCAAUUCCUGCGGCCCAGAGAUCUUCCGCAAAUGGCGCUUUUCUUGACCCUCAUGAAGCGGCGGCUUCUCGCAGUCUCCUGGAUCUAAGCCAAGGUUUCCGAGAGAACGGUCAUCUUCAAUACCCUUCUAUCACACCUGGAACAUCAUUGCUCACUUUGGGAACUGUCAAUUUAACCGAAGCUCAGAUUCAGGAGCUGUACGAGGUUUAUUUCAACUUGUAUCACCCUUGGCUCCCGGUACUCAACCCGGACCACUCCUACAGCUAUUACUUCGAAAAGCACCCACUCCUACAUUGGACGAUCGUAGCGACUGCGUCGCGUCGGUCGACGCUACGGGCGGGCCUGUUUAUGGAACUGCAGCGUCCUCUGGAAGAGAUCCUGUGGACAACACUUUCACAGGUCCCGCAACAGUAUCAUGUUUGCAAAGCUUUGGCACUACUUUGCACAUGGCCGCUACCGACUUCUUCUACCUCGCAUGAACCUACCAUGAUGCUAACAGGUAUUAUGUUCCAACUUGCGCUGCAACAUGGCCUUCACCGACCCUCCCACGCACAGGAUUUUAGUAGAUUUCGAGUUGACCUUCGCGAAGAAGAUGUUGCUGAUCGCAUGAAUACCUGGGCGACCGUCAACAUUGUCUGCCAGACCGUUAGUACAGGUGGUGGACAGCCCGCCUUAUCGAGAUGGGCUUGGUUCACAUAUGGUCUUCAUCUCAAGCGAAUGAAAUCUGAACUGCGCACCCGCUGCCAGAUAGAAAAGUUUUGCGAUCAAGUGACGAGGACGCUCUACACUAUGCAGCGAGAUCAUAUCGUCGAAGUUGACCCCGCCGCGCGAGGAUUAACAAUUGAUCAAUAUUCAAGGGAGCUGGGCGAACUAGAAGUGACUGUUCUUUCAACACAUGCAUCACCAAUCGAGUCAAUGUUCUUGAAAGCCGCCAAAUUGCAUUUACGUUUGACAGCAUUCUUCGACAAAUCAACUCAACCAAAUUACAAGACUGAUUUGCGACACGUUUAUCUCUCUGCUUCUGAGCUCCUCAUGGCGCUCAACAGCAUGCCGGAUGAGCUUGUUUCCAACAUCCCACGCUACUUAGAGCAGAUGGUGUUAGCAGCAGCUUGCACAUUGCUCAAAAUCCUCAACUCGUUAUAUGCCAAUCAAUUCGAUGUCAUAUCUGGUCGCGCUCUGUUCGCCAAGUCAGUGAACCUACUACGGAAGCUAAGUGUGCGAUCCAAUGAUCUGCCACAAAGACUUGCGGAAGUCAUGGCACAGUUAUGGAAGAGUAGCGGUUCUGGGGAGCAACGUCUGUUCAAGACAGAGGACCCUAACGGAACCGAGACGGACGAGAGUUUACAGCUUAAGGUGCGCUGCCGAUCAUCUCUAUCGCUUUUAUAUGACGCAAUCUGGCGAUGGCGAGAGCGUGCUGGAGAGUCGGGAGCAGCCAGUCUACAGCAGGCCGUCGAAAACCCAACUGCGAUCGUCUCCGACCGGAAUACGCCCCAGCCGGGUAUCGUCGGCGGCGCUCACACUAUGGCGCCCAGUCACGGUCUUCUUGACACUGACCUGGACGGUGCUAACGCUUGGGGCGAUCCUUUCGGCGGAAAUGCUGUCUUUGAUCCAUUGAGCUGGGCGCUCGACGGCAAUCUCGGUCUUGGUGGCGCUGGACUCUUCGGCGCCUCAGAUCCACUUGGUCUGGGUAGCUUCCCAGGCUGAGACGCACACUCGGAAUGAUUGAUAACCGGAAACGUUGGGAGUCAUGAUAAUAACUGCAUUUCAUCUUGGUAUUCUGUUGGCGCUUGGUACGAAUCGGGGCUCGUAAAAUUACCAGUAUGUUUGGCAUGAAUAUGAAUAUGAGUAUCUAGGUCGAACAAGUUCAUCACCUGCUUGAACGACUUCUGCCUUGACACUACUUUCGCGACAGUGACAGGAAUAUAUGUCACUCCCGCCUUGCAUCCCUGCAGUCAUACCCUUGCCCCGCGGACCUGCAGUGUUGUGAUCAGAAUAAUACAAAGCAGGGAGCAGGACACAGCAUGUGUGUCGAGCCGGGCGGAUGGUCAGUUAUAGGCGUUUUAUGAUAUGUCAAUCCCUAUCGGAAUACAGUUUAAUCAUUCAAGUCUGACGCAGGAGCAACGCACGCUAAGUUUCAGGAUUCACGUGAUGUGUGGCU